UAUUGCAGGGCACUGCCUGAUCGCCUUGUCCCGGCCCUCUAGCUAUAUCCCUAUAAAUAGAGGGAAAUUGCAGUGGAUAUUCCUCAGUUAACCAGAAGAACCACCACAAUGAAGUCCAUCCAGAUCAUAUGCGUCGUCUGUUCUGUGAUGCUCCUGGCAUCCGUUAACCGCGCCAAUGCCGGCGAGGGGCUGGACAUUAAAAAGAUGGGCAAGUGCCUUGACCUGGGCGUUAAAAUGGCGUCAGCCAUGGGCCAGAAGAUUGUGCCCACCAUCAAGACGCUGGCAACCUGCGCCCAGUUCACGCCCUUGAAGACAAAGGGUCUGGACUCGGCUGCCGUGCUGUUGCUGGCCUAUCAGUUCCUUCAAAGGAUCGUUCGCAACCAGAACUGCGUGCUGAGCACCAUUCAGGACACUAAAAAUCUGCUUACUCCGUUUGCCCAAACGAUCACCGAAUUACAGUGCCUGAACAACUAAGGAUUAUCACUAGACAUAAGUCUUAAGUAAACAAAGAAGCGUA